AUGGAAUUCGUAGGAUUUAAGAAUUGUAUGGAGUUCUUGUUAGAGACAUCUUCUCUUGAUAUAAAUACAUUUAUAUCGGAUAGACACACAUCCAUUUCAAGCCAUAUGAAAAAAGUCCUCAACCAAAUAAAGCACUUUUAYGAUCUGUGGCAUUUGAAAAAGAAAAUAAGAAAAGUACUCAAUAAACUAUCAAAAGAGAGCAAUUGUGAAGUUUUAAAGGACUGGAUAAAGCCAUGUGAGAACCACUUAUAUUGGAGUGCGAUGUCUACACACAAUGGUGAUGGUAACCUUAUCUGGGCCAAGUUUGAGUCAYUUCUAAGCCAUGUUGUCAAUGUGCAUAACAACCUUGCAAACCCCACAUUCAAUAAAUGUGCACACCGUGAAAUCCGAAAUAGGACCUGGCUAGAAAAAGGUUCAACUGCACACGACAAAUUAGUAGCUGCCUUGACCAACACAAGCCUGGUGAAGGGAAUUAAGCAAGCCUCACCAAUCGAGCAAACUAGUGCCCUGGAAGGAUUUCAUUCAGUUCUUAAUUACUUCUCACCAAAAAUGAUUGCGUAUUCAUAUGUURGGAUGUAUUGCAGUCCUAUCAGUCCAGAAGAGGUGUCAUCUGAAAGCUCACAUGGAGCUGAUGACAAAAAUAACUACAUUGAAGACCUUUACGAAACCUUUGUGGAAACCACCAAAGAGAACAUCCAAGCAGCAAAAAAUGAACUUAAAGACAUGACACCAUUGCCCAUGAACUCCAUUCUGCAAAAGCAGCCUGUUGAGGAAGCUGUACAGAAGAGGAUCGARCGAAAGAGUAUGAUUGUUCAUGAUGUACCUGCUACAGAACAAGGUACAAUAACUGUUGUAAUUGACAAUUUGUUUUCAUACUGA